CUAUAAUGUUACGAUUAGUAAUUUUCUUUAGGACGAAGUCAAAAUUUACAGAUCGCGCGCUUUUUUCCAUGUGAUCACUAUUUGUUUAAGUUAUCUGUCUCGCAAUUCAAGGUGACUGUGAUUAGGGCAGCGAAUCUUCGUCUUCACGAAAUGAUCUUUACCGCGUAAUUUCGAUUCCGUUCUUGCUGGCUUUUUUUUCAGAUUCAGCUGGAGGGUUGAGAUUCUAUUCCCUUCUGAAACCAUCUUUGUUGUCUUACCUCGUCAAUAUCUCAGCUCGGCCAUCUUUUCUCCAUUUUCAUUUGCUGUUUUCACGACGAAAAUGCAUCUCUGCUCUUGGACCUGAAAAUUCCUAAAAAAUUGAACUCUGAUAGUGAACUGUCACAGUCGAUUACCUUUAUCUUCUUCAUCAAUUUCGAGUUGUCGCUUUUCUGUGGUUCGGCGUUUCAUUAUUUAGCAUACCGUUGGCGAGGCUUCAGAUUUGAGUUGUGGAGCGAUGUUUGUCUCUGCACUUCUAACGUCUGUGGGAAUAAAUUCUGCAAUAUGUUUUUCGUUUCUCGUGCUAUAUUCUAUAUUCAGGAAACAACCGGCUUACUAUGGCAUCUACAUACCACGGUUGGUGGCUGAAGGAAAAACUAAACAGAGAAGUGAUUUCAACCUAGAAAGAUUAAUACCCUCUGCCAAUUGGAUGAAAAAAGCUUGGAUGCUUUCUGAAGAGGAGCUUUUGUCAUCUUCAGGCCUGGAUGCUGUAGUUUUUAUGCGUAUUGUAACUUUCAGCUUAAAAGUGCUUUUAUUUGCUGGUGUCAUUGGAAUCUUUGUUCUCCUUCCAGUGAACUGCUCAGGAGAUCAACUUACGAAUGUUGACAUUGUUAAUAUUUCAAAUAACUCCCUGGACGUAUUUACUAUUUCCAAUGUAAAGGAUGGAUCGCACUGGUUAUGGUUUCACUUUUCAGCUGUGUAUCUCAUCACUGCAUACAUCUGCUCUCUACUUUACUAUGAGUACGACUAUAUUUCUUCUAAAAGGAUUGACUAUUUUUGUUCAUCCAAGCCUUUGUUUCAUCAGUUUACCAUCUUAGUUCGUGCAAUUCCUGCUUCUGCUGGGAGAAACAUCAGUGAUAGUGUUGAGAAUUUCUUCACUGAGUAUCACCCCUCAACUUAUCUGGCUCAUACAGUUGUCCAUCGGACAAGCAAACUUCGAGGUCUCAUUAAUGAUGCAAAGACACAUUACAGAAGGCUCGUCCGCUUACAAUCGAAUCCCUCGCAAAUAAAUUCUAACCGUGGCAGUUGUUUUGGAUUGUUCAGAAGGAAGGUUGAUCUCGUUGAUCGAUAUGGAAAAAGGUUAGGAGACAUAGAACAGCAUCUGAGAUUGGAACAAUCGCAGGUUUCAUCGGCUGGAAAAGAAGUUCCAGCUGCUUUUGUAUCCUUCAAGUCACGUUAUGGUGCUGCAAUCGCUAUGCAUAUGCAACAAUCGAACAAUCCCAUUCAUUGGGUGACAGAACAAGCUCCUGAGCCUCAUGAUGUAUACUGGCCUUUUUUUUCUUCAACAUUUAUGCAAAGAUGGAUAUCUAAGCUGGGAGUUGCGGUUGCAUGUUUCCUUCUUACCGCACUAUUUUUUAUACCAGUUCUCAUUGUGCAAGGACUGACUAACCUUAAUCAGUUACAAAUUUGGUUUCCGUUUCUUAAAAGCAUUCUUACCAUAACAUUCAUUAGUCAAAUAUUAACAGGAUAUCUUCCUAGCCUUAUCCUUCAAUUGUUCCUGAAGAUGGUGCCCCCUGUUAUGGAAUGUCUCUCAUCCAUUCAAGGAUACAUUUCUUUAAGUGACAUAAAAAAGAGUGCAUGUUUCAAAGUAUUGUGGUUCACUAUAUGGAAUGUGUUCUUUGCUACUGUCUUCUCGGGAACAGCUCUGCUUCAACUUUCAUUGGUCUUUGAGCCAAAGACUAUUCCUACGAGGCUUGCUGUGGCAGUACCUGCACAGGCUUCAUUUUUCAUUGCUUAUGUUGUCACAUCGGGAUGGACAAGCUCACUAUCUGAACUCAUCAACCUAUUCGCUCUUAUUAGCAGUCUUGUAACAAAACCUUUCAGUGGAAACUCGGAUGAGGAAUUAGAAGUUCCAUCCAUUCCUUACCACCAGGACAUACCGAGAAUUCUUUUCUUUGUACUUCUUGGUAUCACAUAUUUCUUCCUAGCUCCACUUAUUGUGCCCUUCCUUCUUGUCUACUUCGGUCUGGAAUACAUAGUCUACCGCAACCAGUUUAUAAAUGUGUAUGCACCAAAGUAUGAAACUGGCGGGAAGUUCUGGCCUAUUGCGCACAGUUGCAUUGUAUUUUCUUUAGUACUCAUGCAUGCUAUAGCUGUGGGAAUAUUCACACUGAAGGGGCUCCCUCUCGCAUCAAGUUUAUUGGUUCCACUCCCUAUUUUAACACUUCUUUUCAAUGACUACUGUCGGAAACGGUUCCUACCCAAUUUUUCUGCUUAUUCUGCGGAAACUUUGAUAAAGAAGGAUAGAGCAGAUGAAAAUGAUCCUACAAUGGCUGAAUUUCUAGAUAAAUUGGUCACUGCAUAUGCCGACCCGGCUUUAAUGCCUGUUAGCUUCACUGCAACUGCCGACAGUCUUAGGCGCCCGCUGAUGUCUACUGCUGAAGAUUAAAGAUUAUUGAUGGAUCUUUAGUAACUGGUGGUGCUGUACAUUACAACAUGCAUAUGUGAUCAGGUUAGGCAAACUUGCCUGCUCUUUCGUUGAUAAAGAGUGUCGUUUAAUUUUCAGGACCAUUUAUGUUUUCAAGUUUUUGUAACAUAAUACCAAUAGAAAGAUCGAAUAAAAAGCCUAUAUAUUAUAGGCUGGGUGAGGGUGUUAAGCAUAAAGUAGAGCUGUAUAUUGGAAAGAAAUUGUCUUUCAUUCCGAGUCCUGUGAACGCUGAGGUGUGGCUCUUUUCUAUAGAACUUUAUUAUUGAUUAGAGAAAA